UUCGCUCGCGACUAGCCGUAAACCAGUCUGUCAGAGCAAGGCUUUCUCGCAGCCGCGUGAAUGGUCGAAGACGUCCUGGCUGACAUCAUGGGGUCGCUUCUCAUCGUCUUCCCUGCCUUUGUGGGGAUCAUCCUCUCGUAUUUCCUCUACAAGAAGGUGAACAAGAUUUCCCUUUUUCGCAACUCUCCCGUCGACGAAGAGAUCCUCCUGCGGCGAAUGGAAAAAGCGGAAGCUGGCGAAGGCGGUGACGCGGACUCGUAUCAGAAGCUCCGCCAGAUCUACCGCGACAUACAGACGGGCGCAAAGGCCUUCCUCACAGCGGAGUACGGGAUGUGCGUCAAGUUUUCAUUCGUCGUAGGAGGCGUCACGUCGAUGAUCUCCGGGUACAUAGGCAUGAUGAUCGCGGUGUUCACAAAUGCGCGCUGCACGAUGACCGCGACGCUUUCCCCAGAUGCAGUGGCGUGGAAGGAAAGUUUUAAUGUUGCAUUUCGAGGCGGCGCCGUAAUGGGAUUCGCGCUCAGCGGAUUGGGUAUCCUCGUGUUAUAUUUCCUCAUAUGCAUGUAUGUCACUGUGUUCGAUGUUGCGUCGGAGGCAAUCAAACUUUUCGAGUGCGUCGCCGGCUUUGGCCUCGGCGGCUCCGCGAUCGCAAUGUUCGGCAGGGUUGGCGGAGGCAUCUACACGAAAGCCGCGGAUGUUGGCGCCGAUCUUGCCGGGAAGGUUGUCGCUGGUAUACCAGAGGAUGAUCCCAGGAACCCAGCGACAAUCGCGGACAAUGUUGGGGACAAUGUCGGCGAUGUCGCGGGCAUGGGAUCUGACCUUUUUGGGUCCUUCGCGGAGGCGACUUGCGCCGCGCUCGUUAUCGCGGCACAAUCUCAUGAUCUCGUGUCUGCGGGAUGGGAUACGCUAAUUUUCCCUUUGUACAUCUCCGCAGUCGGUAUUCUCGUGUGCGCAGCGGUAUCUUUUGUCGCAACGGAUCUGAAACCAGUCCGAAACGAAGCGGAAAUCGAGGAGGUUCUCAAAACCCAACUCGCUCUGACGACAAUUGGCAUGACGGUCGUGAUGUACCCCAUCUGCGCGACGUUUUUGCCUUCGACGUUUUACCUAGGCGCUCGCAGCACGUUUGCGGCGUCUUGUGCGAAUGCAACCGGGAACUCUAAGUGCGUAACGAAUGGACCAUUUCACGCGUUUUGCUGCAUCUCUGCCGGUCUCUGGGGUGGUUUGAUCAUUGGUUUCGUGACAGAAUAUUUCACGUCGCACUCCUACUCCCCGGUCCGUGAAGUCGCGCGCUCAACUGAGACGGGUGCGGCGACGAACAUCAUCUACGGCCUCGCGCUCGGGUACAAGUCGACGAUAGUCCCUGCUGGAAUACUCUCUGGGAUCGUUUUCGCUUCAUUUUCGCUCAUGGACAUGUAUGGUGUCUCCCUCGCCGCUCUCGGAAUGCUUGGCACGUUAUCCACGUGCCUUGCGAUCGACGUGUACGGUCCGAUAUGUGAUAACGCCGGAGGAAUCGCGGAGAUGGCGGAGCUCCCAGAGACGGUGAGGGAGAAGACAGACGCUCUCGACGCCGCAGGGAACACGACGGCGGCCAUUGGUAAAGGUUUCGCUAUCGGCUCUGCCGCGCUCGUUUCCCUCGCGUUGACCGCGGCGUUUGUAACUCGGACGUCUGUGUUGGACCAUGGAGUGAACAUGCUCAAUCCGGUCGUAUUCGCGUUUCUUUUGAUCGGUUCUAUGCUGCCGUAUUGGUUCAGCGCGAUGACAAUGAAAUCUGUCGGUGUCGCUGCGAUGGAGAUGGUGAAGGAAGUGAAGCGUCAGUUCGACACGAUCCCUGGUCUUUUGGAAGGCAGCCCCGGUCACGCACCUCCGGAUCAUGCUCGUUGUAUCAAGAUCAGCACGGAUGCAUCCCUACGUGAGAUGGUUCCCCCUGCGAUUCUCGUGAUGACGUCGCCGAUCGCCACCGGCAUGUUUUUUGGCGUUGAAGCUGUCAUCGGAUUACUCGCUGGCGGGCUUGUUUCCGGCGUGCAGCUCGCGAUUUCCGCAUCGAACACCGGCGGGGCAUGGGAUAACGCUAAGAAGUAUGUCGAAAAAGGUGGUUUAUUUAUCGACAUGCCCAAGCGCGACAAUGUCACGGGCGAGAUCAUUCGGGACGAGUUGGGGUCGCCUGUGUUGAUCUCUGUGCGACAGAGGAAAGGCAGCGACUGUCACAAAGCCGCGGUCGUUGGUGACACAGUCGGUGACCCGCUCAAGGACACGAGCGGCCCGGCACUUAACAUCCUCAUGAAGCUUAUGGCGAUAAUAUCUUUGGUUUUCGCUGAUUAUUUCAUGUCCAUCAACAACGGGCAAGGUUUCCUAAAUGUCCCAAGACAGGCAUUUUAAUUUUGGAUUGACAAAUGAGGGCGCGCCAAUUUUCAGGAGACAGUCCGACGCGCACAGAACAACAGUAAAGAGACGAUUUCCCAGUGCGACUAGGCGAGGAUCCUCUAAUUCCAGAAUUCGCCUCGAUUCGUAUGACGCGAUUCUUAAAAUUAGAAAUCGCUUACGUGUUCUAUCAUUAUUCGUCUAUGCUAUGCUUGAUCCUCAAAUAUCUGCUUGAUCCCCACUUCCCUGCCCUCUCGUGAAGGUACAUCGAGAAAAAGCGCGAUCGAUUUCGAUUCGUCUUUCAUCGCUUCUUUAUCGCAUCCGGCAACCAUAUUAGUAUCGGAAGCAGGUGAGCUCACGACGAAGCUGACGCCGCCUGCGCUUAGCUCUCGAAUCACCGGGCCGGGGCUCAGUCCAUUACCAAGUGCACUGUCCGCGUCAACUUCCCUCGGCCGACCCUCUGGCAUGCUCGCGCGAGAUAACCGAUAUAGUCUCUCUCGAUCGCUCUCUCUUUCGUCUGGUGCAACUCUUCUUAAGCAAAAAUCGUCAAUUUGUGAGCCCCUGUCCGCCCUCGCGAGACUCGUGAUCGUUGGCGGCAGCGCGGGGUUGAGUGUAGGCACUAUCAGCGCGUGAUUCCCGGGGAGCACCAGGGCGUUGUCGUCAGGCCCGUCCCUGACCCACGACCGGGUUUGCGCAGACGUGAGUAAAGACUCAACCGCGGCCUCGACAUCCCCUUUAUUUAUAUUCAGCGCCUCGAAUGCAGCAGUUUCAUCAAAUCCCAUCGCCACCAAUACCUCUAAAUCUAGAGGGUCUGGAACUUUGUAAAUUUCGCGGGCCUCAGGGCAAUCGU